AUGACGGAGCGUUUCAACGAAGUUACCGGGUAAGCGCUUACAUUUCCAUCGCACACUUCCUUUUUCAUUUUCACAUUCGACAGACUAGAAUGCAAAGUCUGUUUCGAGCACUACAGUGGCACUAUUGUCGAUUUGACUCCGAGAAUGUUGUCUUGUGGACACAGUCUGUGUGAGAAAUGUGCGAGGACGCUGUUGCAGCAGACAAAUAACCGAUCGGUUCUGUGUCCGAGUUGUAGAAGGACCACUUCAGUUGACGGCGACGUCCGAUUGCUCCCUAAAAACUUUGAUCUUUUGGAACUUCUUGCUUCACUUCCGAAAACGUCUCCGAUUAUUCCCGAAAGUCCGAAGGUGCCCGUAAAGAAGCCACAAGCAUUGGAUCCAUCUAACACUCCAUGCGCCGAAGAUCCAAGUCACGAAGCCACGUGUUUUUGUGCUCAAUGCUCGGCGGACCUAUGUGAAAAGUGUUUCGAUAUGGUGCAUCGACCUAGGUCUGUGGCCGCCCACGCAAAAAUUCCGAUUGCCGAGAAGCCGAUUCAAUUGCCUAAAUGUCAAAGUCAUCCGAGUAACAUUGCGGAGUACGUGUGCCGAGUGAGUUAGACCUUCAACAAAAGCGACCGAUCAGGCAAAAGUUUCAGGAGCCGAAUUGCCAAAUGAUUUCAAAGAUAAUAUGCGAUAAAUGCGUGUUGAAGGACCACAAGAACCAUAAAUACGAACUGCUGAGCGAGUACACUGAAAAAUACUUAAGGAAACUAAGGAAUUGCCUGGAUGGUGUCGUUUCGAAUGAAACAAGUCUUGAGAGGGCGUCGGAAUCGUUGAAGAUGUGCGCGUCGAGUUAUGAAGAGACGAGUCCGGAUUAUCAGCAAGUUAUCAAGAAAGUGCAAGACUUCUUCAAAUCGGAAGAAGCGAAGGCCAUUCGCAAGUUGACCGAAAUUGCAGGACAAGAGAGACAGAGAAUCAGAGGAGAGCAAUCGAGAAUUGGCGGCGAUUUGGAGGAAAUCAGGAGUGUUAAGGAGGAAUUGAACAAAGUGCUCAAGUCGAAAGAAUACCUGAUCUCAACGGAUAGACUUGUCGAAAAAGCGAAAUCUGUCAUCUCGAAAAGCAUGCCGAACAGUCCAAUUCCAUUCAGGAAAUGGAGCAUUGAGUUUCCGAAAAAUGUUGAGGUUGAAGUGCAUUCACCUCACUUGAAGCCUACAUUGGAGCAAAAACGUGAACCUGCCGGUGAAACAGCUAACAACCGUCCAAAGGGUAAAAAGAAAUCAAAAAAACGCAACUAACUUGUUUAUUUUCAGAUUAUUCCGAGUUACAAAUACCGGGAGACAAAAUUGUGGCCCGUUCAGAGGCUCUCGCGAUUGUCUCUCAUCACGAUUCCGAUUUUUUAGUAUCUUAUGAUAUAUGGAUCGCAUUGCACUCGCUCUUCCAUCAUCUUAAAUCGAACUACAACGCCUUCUCGUGCGAAGAGCUCACGGAAUGCCGUCGACUUGUUCCCAUAGUCAUGAAGCGCUGGCUGAGCAUCAAACCGUUUCAACUUUCGGGAAUCGAGUGUUUUUUCAAACUUUUCAAGUGAGCCUUCAUAUCAUCAUCAUUCUUAAAUGAACACGUGAACUUUCGAACGGUCUUGAGUGACAAAGAAGUCGCAAAGCCGCUUUAAAAAUCUUGUUGAAACAAUGAAACGCAUAAUUUCAGUGCGACUACAAUCGAACAAAUUCCGGCGGAAGAAGUGAACGCAUGCGUCGAGCGAUGUCUGGAUGCAGUAGAGCAUUUUCCUGGCUCAGAAACUUUACAAAACACCGUCUGGGCGUUCAUUGUGAGCGUAGCUCACAUUGUCAAACUCGAAGCAACCAAUUUCACCCGCUUGCUUGCAGUUGCACUCGACACCUUGGUAAACACUGCGCAUUCGACCGUGGGUGCAGCGACUAUUCGAACAGUUUCUGUCAUAGCGCCCAGCGUGGAAACGUCAGUUAUCAACCGGUUGAUGUGUGAUUCAAAGUACGUGCUUGGAAUUGUCCAAUUGAUGAACGUCUGGGUGAACGUGUGUCAGGGCAGAGGAGAUAAGCAGGAUCUUAUAGUCGUCGCCCUACACGCACUUUGGAAUCUGUCUGACAACUCGCCGACAACUUGUAGAACAUUUGUUGAAGUUGGCGGGCUCCUCGUUGUUUCCGAACUGUUGGAAUUGCCUAAUUUCCCAGAAACAACGAAGGGACUCGUAUUGGGGGUUCUGUCCAACGUUUCGGAAGUGGACGAUUUACGAUUGCCACUGCACGAACACCAUUCGAUUUUGCUUCCCUAUCUGAAUGGUCGUUUUUCCGAAACUGAAUGGGCUGCGACUUUCUCCGCCGCCAUAAUCUUUUCAAACUUUCUGGCGAACCCGCUGUGUUGGCGGUCGACAAAUCAACGAGAAGAGAUUGAUAAGUUACUACUGGAGGCAGUGGCGAAAUUCUCGACAUCUGAAAGCCUCAUGUUCUCCUACAAGUCGUUUGAACCAUUCUGCGUGCUCAUACGCACUUCCAAGUCGAACGGAGCUAUCCUCACUUGUCUAUACGGUGUGUUCUAUGCGCUUCAGACUCAUCGAUCACCCGAAAAUCCAUCACUUGUUCGCGGAAAGACGUAAGUAAUUGAUUGAAUCAUUGAUUAAUUGAAUCUGAGAGCACGCUAGUUUUACACGGAUUCGACAAACAACGUACACAUUCUUCAUUUCUUGUUAAUAUCUCUUGUUCAGGCACAUCGAGAUGUACCACCAGUCGGAACUGCCUUCGAUGAUUCGACAGUUCAGAAGUAGUCGCUCGCCGUACAUUGAUAACGUGGACACUCGUGUCCAGCAACUAGCUUUUCGAAUCGAGGUUCUUGUGGCAAACUACUGAGAGACAAUUCUUGCGCUGAUAAAUGUCGAUUAAAGCUGUGUUGUCUCUGAUUCUUCUGCUCUUUACAUACGUGUUCCAAUCAGAAACAUUUCUCAGAAAAUCAAUUGCAUUGAACUCCUAUAAACAAUUCGAAACGUUGCGACUCGACAGCAUUCCGAAGGUGUCUCAACUGAUGGGGUAAAUAUUAUCAGUCCGUCACGUCUUCUCCGCUACUUUCGGCUGGCUGCCAAACCGAUAUUACAUGCGGGCAGGAACCCGUAUAACUGUAACAUUACAUCAUCAAUGUCACCCACCCGCUGCCGGCGGUAAUCUAUUAUUGUCCAUUUCAUUUUUCGUCGUCUAGAAGUUUCGCCACACAAAUCAUGCAGAAAACAGUCACUUUGGCUGGUUUUCUGCUCCUCGUCACGUCAACCUCGACAACAGACGCGACGGUUUACAGGUAAUGUCGAGCGUUUCGGAGAAAAACCGACAAAAAUCAGUGUUUCAGUCGUGUGAAACGUAACGAUUUCACGAAUAACUAUGGGUACGGACCGUUUGGAAUCGGUCCGACGAACGGCGGAUUCGAUAGUUUCGGUUUCUAUCGCGACAAGUUCUACAAUAGCGGAUUGCCGCCGUUGUACACCCACGCCGCCUACCGUAACUACUACCACGAGAUUUCGUUCCACAAGAACAAGUACGGACAGCCGGCGCCCACCGAUUUUGAGGUGUUGCAGCAGGAGAGAUUCGGUGAGUCUUACGAUUACACGCACCUCGUAGUUCUAUUAACUUUUCAGGACCGUACUACGAUGGAGUGUGGGGAUACGCGGAUCAUUCGAAGAAUUGGUUUGGAAAACGAUAA